AUGUCUCUUUUAAGGUCGUUCAGGUACGCUGUUUCUGUUUCUUUUUCAAUUCCCAAUUCUCAUCCUUUUCAUUCAUCAAUUUCAAAACCAUACUCUCACUCUCUACAACUAUUUACUCAUGAAUUUGAUGCUGUUUCCUUGUUCAAUCAAAUGCUUCAUAAGAAACCUACUCCACCCGUGAAUCAAUUUGGCAAGAUUUUAGGUUCCCUUGUGAAAACCAAACAUUACCUCGUUGUUGUUUCCCUUUGUCAACAAAUGGAAUCAAGUGGAGUUUAUCCAGAUUUUGUAUCUCUCAACAUCCUCAUCAAUUCUUUCUGUCAAUUAGGUCAUGUAACUUUUGCUUUUUCUGUAUUGACAAAAAUUCUCAAGAGGGGUUAUCAACUAAAUACUAUAACUUUGACUGUAUUACUCAACGGUCUCUGUCUCAAAGGUGAGGUUAAUAAAGCAUUGGACUUUCAUGACAAGGUAGUUGCUCAGGGAUUUCGUUUAGACCAAGUUAGUUAUGCUACAUUGAUCAACGGGUUAUGUAAAGUUGGAGAAACAAGAGCAGCGCUAAAAGCCCUAAGACAAGUUGACGGGAAACUUGUUCAACCUAAUGUGGUAAUGUACAAUACAAUUAUUCAUAGUUUAUGUAAAGAUAAAAAGGUUAUUGAUGCAUUUGAUUUAUACUCUGAAAUGGUUGCCAAAAGAAUUUCUCCUGAUGCUUUCACUUACAAUGCUUUAAUCUAUGGUUUUUGUAUUGUUGGUCGAUUGAAAGAAGCAAUUCAUUGGUUAAAUCAAAUGAAUUUGGAAAACAUUAUCCCAGAUGUUUAUACCUUUAGUAUAUUGGUUGAUGCUUUUUGUAAAGAAGGUAAAGUGAAAGAAGCUAAAAUAGUGUUGGCUUUGAUGAUGAAAAAAGGUGUUGCACUUAAUGUUGUUAGUUAUAACACUUUAAUGGACGGAUAUUGUCUUGUAAAUGAAGUGAACAAAGCCAUGGAUAUUCUAAACAUUAUGUCUCGAAAAGGAGUGGUUGCUAAUGUUCGGAGCUACAACAUCAUGGUUAAUGGACUUUGUAAGGUUAAAAUGGUUGGUGAAGCUAUGAAGCUCUUUGAAGAAAUGCAUUGCAAACAAAUUUUUCCUAAUACGGUAACUUACAAUACCCUUAUAGAUGGUUUGUGCAAAUCUGGGAGAAUAUCACAUGCUUUGAAACUUGUCGGCAAAAUGCAUGAUAGAGGUCAACCGCCUGAUAUAGUUACUUACAAUUCUAUAUUGGAUGGUUUAUGCAAAAAGCAUCACGUUGACAAGGCAAUUGAAUUGUUAACGAAAUUUAAGGACCAAGGUAUUCAACCAGAUGUGUGCACAUACAAUAUUCUUAUCAAUGAAUUGUGCAACAGUGGAAGACUAAAGGAUGCACAAAAUGUUUUUGAAGAUCUUUUGAUCAAAGGCUACAAUCUAGAUGUCUAUACAUAUAAUGCUAUGAUCAAGGGAUUUUGUAUCAAGGGCUUGUUUGACGAAGCGCUGGCCAUGAUGUCAAAAAUGAAGGAUAAUGGUUGCAUUCCAAAUGCCCUAACUUAUGAAAUAAUGAUUUAUUCUUUGUUGGGAAAAGAUGAAAAUGAUAUGGCAAAAAAACUUCUUCUUGAAAUGAUUGGGAGAGGCCUAUUGUAA